UGGGGUCCGCUCUAAGCUGCAGCAAGGGAAACCGUGUGUGAGAGGAAGAGGCCUGUUUCGCUCCGGGUCUCUAGUUCUUGCACGCUCUUUAAGAGUCUGCACUGGAGGAACUCUGCCAUUACCAGCUCCCUUCUUGCAGGAGGGAGGGGGAAACAUACAUUUAUUCAUGCCAGUCUGUUGCAUGAAGGCUUUCUGGCGUCCUACCUUGCAACAAAAUAGUUGCACAAACUCCUUAGUGCCGAUUCCGCCCACAGAGAGUCCUGGAGCCAGAGCCUUUUCUGCUUUGCAUUGUAAGAGAGGGACUAACUGAUAGAGACUAUGUCGCUUUCCUGAGCUUCUGAGAGCGCUCACGAACUGGAAUCAACUGCUUCAGGGGAAGGAAAAAAAAAAAAAAAGACUUGCCUGGGAGGCGGCGAGAAACUUGCAUUGGAAGCCUCAGCAACCAGCAUUCGAGAAACUCCUCUCCACUUUAGCACCGUCUCCAGGACGCAGAGCCGAGAGACAGCGCAAACUGCGGCGCGGUGAGAGAGAAGAGGGAGAGAGAAGGAGAUUCUCCAGCCUGGGAACUAUAACUCCUCUGCAAGAGGCGGAGUGCUCCCGCCCCGCAUCUUUUUGGAGACUUUUCUCUCUUCGCCCACCUCCGCCCCGGCCAGGAGUUGAGCCGCCCGCUCGACCGCCGCGCACGUUCCCCCGCUCAGCGUGCGCUUGGUCCCGGGAGCCAGGAGGGCCCGGCGAUCGCGCCGCGGCCGCCGCGAGGGUGUGAGCGCGCGUGGGCGCCCGCCGAGCCGGGGCCAUGGUGCAGCAAACCAACAACGCCGAGAAUACGGAAGCGCUGCUCGCCGGCGAGAGCUCGGACUCGGGCGCCGGCCUCGAGCUGGGCAUCGCCUCCUCCCCCACGCCCGGCUCCACCGCCUCCACGGGCGGCAAGGCCGACGACCCGAGCUGGUGCAAGACGCCGAGUGGGCACAUCAAGCGGCCCAUGAACGCCUUCAUGGUGUGGUCGCAGAUCGAGCGGCGCAAGAUCAUGGAGCAGUCGCCCGACAUGCACAACGCCGAGAUCUCCAAGCGGCUGGGCAAACGCUGGAAGCUGCUCAAAGACAGCGACAAGAUCCCUUUCAUUCGGGAGGCGGAGCGGCUGCGCCUCAAGCACAUGGCUGACUACCCCGACUACAAGUACCGGCCCAGGAAGAAGGUGAAGUCCGGCAACGCCAACUCCGGCUCCGCGGCCGCCGCCGCCUCCAAGCCCGGGGAGAAGGGCGACAAGGUCGGUGGCAGCGGCCACGGGGGCGGCGGCGGCGGGGGCGGCCACGCGGGGGGAGGAGGCGGCGGCGGCGCGAGCGGCGGCGGCGCCAACUCCAAACCUGCUCAGAAAAAGAGCUGCGGCUCCAAAGUGGCGGGCGGCGGGGUCGGCAAGCCCCACGCCAAGCUCAUCCUGGCAGGCGGCGGCGGGAAGGCGGCGGCGGCGGCCGCCUCCUCCUCCUCCUCCUCCUCGUCGUCGUCCUCGUUCGCCGCCGAGCAGGCGGGGGCCGCCGCCCUGUUGCCCCUGGGCGCCGCCGCCGCGGCCGCCGACCACCACUCGCUGUACAAGGCGCGGACUCCCGGCGCCUCGGCCUCGGCUUCCGCGGCGGCCUCGGCCUCGGCCGGCCUGGCGGCCCCGGGCAAACACCUGGCGGAGAAGAAGGUGAAGCGCGUCUACCUGUUCGGCGGCCUGGGCGCGUCGUCCUCGCCCGUCGGCGGCGUGGGCGCGGGCGCCGACCCCAGCGACCCCCUGGGCCUGUACGAGGAAGGGGGCGCCGGUUGCUCGCCCGACGGGCCGAGCCUCAGCGGCCGCAGCAGCGCCGCCUCGUCGCCGGCCGCCGGCCGCUCGCCCGCCGACCACCGUAGCUACGCCAGCCUGCGCGCCGCCUCGCCCGCCCCGUCCAGCGCGCCCUCGCACGCGUCCUCGUCGGCCUCCUCCUCCUCCUCCUCAUCGUCGUCGUCCUCCUCCUCGUCCUCGGGUUCGUCGUCCUCUGACGACGAGUUCGAGGACGACCUGCUCGACCUGAACCCCAGCUCAAACUUUGAGAGCAUGUCCCUGGGCAGCUUCAGCUCGUCGUCGGCGCUGGACCGGGAUCUGGAUUUUAACUUCGAACCCGGCGCCGGCUCGCACUUCGAGUUCCCGGACUACUGCACGCCCGAGGUGAGCGAGAUGAUCUCGGGAGACUGGCUGGAGUCCAGCAUCUCCAACCUGGUCUUCACCUACUGAAGGGCGCGCGGGCUGGGAGAGAGAGGGACGGGGCGGGAGGUGGGGUGGGGGGAGGACCAGAGAGGAAAAUGAAAAAGGAGAAGAAAAAAAAAAGCGGACAGAGAAAAGAGUUGCAAGAGAAAAGGGAAAACAAGAGGGGAAAAAAAAGAAAAAAGGAAAAUGAGAAGAAAAAAAAAAAAAAGUGAGCAGGGCCGGCUUCGGCCGCGUCCGGGUGGUCGGAGAGCAACGCCACGGUGUCUGGGGACCCGCGCUCCCAACCCCCAUCUCGCCGGCCGGAGGGACGCGGCGGAGGCGGAGGUAGACAGGGGCGACCUUUUAUUGUUGUUCUUGGUGUUGUUGAUGGCGAAAAAAAGCGACUUCGAGUUUCCUCCCCAUUGCUGGAAGAGACCCCCCACCACCACUACCAGCCCUUCCAACGAGCUUCCGGACUUGUCUGCGCCCCCGGGGGCCAGAAGCCGAGUUGGUAGUUUGCUAGCGACUGGAGGAAUCGUCUAUUCCUGUCUCAUCGCUCCCUCGGUGUUUUGGGGCUAUUUUACUUGGUUUUUUGUUUUUUUGAUCCGGAGGGGAGGGGGACUCCGGCUUGCCUCCGGAGGGGUUUUGUUCUCAGCAUCCCCCGCCCCCAUCCUUCUCCCCCACCCCCCCCCCCCCCAAGAAGACCGAAGGCUCCGGGGCUUCGAAUUUGACCGACUGCACGUAUCGCGGGGAGAGGGGAGUCGCAAAGGCCCCAGCGCCAGGACUGAGAGACUCCACGCUGGCGAAUUCCCGUUUUGUUUCUGGAGGGCUUUUUUUCCUCCCUCUCCCCCUCCCCCGCCUCCCCCCCCCCCCUUUUUUUCUUUUCUUUUUUUUUUCCCCCCUGCCCCUGCAGCCAGAGGAGGAGACGUUGAGUGACCGGCGCUCGGAAAUGACCCGAGAACCUAGUUGGAAAGCCACACCAGCCAGGACGAGGGGCGGGGAGGAGAAGGCCACGAACUGGAAAGGGGGCGAGUAAUAAAACUGAAAUGGAUUUGCACGUUCGGGAGAAGGUGGCGGCGUCUCCUGGGCCUCCGCCUCCUGCAUCUCUGAAACCAGUGAGGUGAGACUUCACGGCCCCGCAGGCGCGGAGGAGAGGAGACUGUUUGAUGUGGUACCCGGGGCAGUGGAGGGCGAGUGGUGUCGGGGGGGAAAAAAAAGGUUUUUUGCUUCUCUUAAUCGGAAUCGUGAUGGUGUUGGAUUAUUUCACUGGUGGGGUUAAUAUAGCAUGUUAUCCUGUCUAUCUUUUAAAGAUUUCUGUAUUAAGACUGUUGAGCAGUUUUUAAAAUAGUGUAGGAUAAUAUAAAAAGCAGAUAGAUGGCGCUAUGUUUGAUUCCUACGACAGAAAUUAUCACCAGCUUUUUUUCAUUCUUAACUCUUUAAAGGAUUCAAACGCAACUCAAAUCUGUGCUGGACUUUAAAAAAAACCAAUUCAGGACCAAAUUUUUUCUCAGUGUGUAUGUGUUUAUUCCUUAUAGGUGUAAAUGAGAAGACGUGUUUUUUUCCCUCACCGAUGCUCCAUCCUCGUAUUUUUUUUUCCUUGUAAAUGUAAUCAGAUGCCAUUUUAUAUGUGGACGUAUUUAUACUGGCCAAACAUUUUUUUUUUCUUAUUUUGUCCCUUUUUUUUUUUUUCUUUCUAUUGCUUUGCUUUUUGUUCUUUUUACUUCCUUAUUUCCUCCUUCCUUACUUUAUUUUUUCUUUCGUUUCUUUUCUUCUUCUUUUUUUGGUAGUUGUUGUUACCCACGCCAUUUUACGUCUCCUUCACUGAAGGGCUAGAGUUUUAACUUUUAAUUUUUUAUAUUUAAAUGUAGACUUUUGACACUUUUAAAAAACAAAAAAAGACAAGAGAGAUGAAAACGUUUGAUUAUUUUCUCAGUGUAUUUUUGUAAAAAAUAUAUAAAGGGGGUGUUAAUCGGUGUAAAUCGCUGUUUGGAUUUCCUGAUUUUAUAAUAAGGCGGCUGGUUAAUAUCUCACACAGUUUUAAAAAAUCAGCCCCUAAUUUCUCCAUGUUUACACUUCAAUCUGCAGGCUUCUUAAAGUGACAGUAUCCCUUAACCUGCCACCAGUGUCCAUCCUUCGACCUCAGCCCUAUAAAAAGGGGAGGAGAAUUAGCCAAACACUGUAUGCUUUUAAGAAAAACGAGUUUUUUUAAACAAAAUACUGUUUUAUGCAGAGGCUUUAAAACUGGUGCAUUUACAGCAAAAAGGGAUCCUGUAGCUUUAACUUGUAAACCACAUCUUUUUUGCACUUUUUUUAUAAACAAAAACGUGCCGUUUAAACCACUGGAUCUAUCUAAAUGCCGAUUUGAGUUCGCGACACUAUGUACUGCGUUUUUCAUUCUUGUAUUUGACUAUUUAAUCCUUUCUACUUGUCGCUAAAUAUAAUUGUUUUAGUCUUAUGGCAUGAUGAUAGCAUAUGUGUUCAGGUUUAUAGCUGUUGUGUUUAAAGAUUGAAAAAAGUGGAAAACAUCUUUGUACAUUUAAGUCUGUAUUAUAAUAAAGCAAAAAGAUUGUGUGUAUGUAUGUUUAAUAUAACAUGACAGGCACUAGGACGUCUGCCUUUUAAGGCAGUUCCGUUAAGGGUUUUGUUUUUAAACUUUUUUUUGCCAUCCAUCCUGUGCAAUAUGCCGUGUAGAAUAUUUGUCUGAAAAUUCAAGGCCACAAAAAAACAAUGUUUGGGGAAAAAAGAAAAAGAAAAAAAUCAUGCCAGCUAAUCAUGUCAAGUUCACUGCCUGUCAGAUUGUUGAUAUAUACCUUCUGUAAAUAACUUUUUUUGAGAAGGAAAUAAAAUCAGCUGGAACUGAACCCUAAA